AUGGAAAUGAUGUUUUCAAGUGCAACAACAGCAGCAUCAUCGAAUGCUAAUCAGGUUGAAGAACAAAAAACUGUAAAUGAAUCAGAAACUGGUAGAAGGUUAAGGAAACGAGCGGUGAAUGAUGCUGCUAAUUCAGAGAAAGCCACAGAUAAAUCUGAUAAUGUUGCUACUGUUAAGGUCGAUGAUGUGAAAAUGGAGGUUGAUUCAGAUGAUGAACCCCUUGCUAAAAAGGGAAAAGACACCCAAAACGACGAGACUGUUCCUAAAGGUAACGCUAAAAGAGGAAGAAAAAAUGUGAAAAAUGUUAAGGUUGAAGUUGAUUCUGAUGAUGAGCCACUUGUUAAGAAGGGAAAGGCUUCAAGGGGAAGAAAGGAAGAUGACACUACUGUAGGGGAGGAACCAAAAAAGAAGGGAAGGACUACAAAAAAGGAACCUGGUGAAACCAAUGAUAUUGCAUCUGGAAGUAGGAAUAAUGCAGUGGCAAAGAAGGGGUCCAAAGCAAAAGAUGCACCAUCCAAAGCUGAGCCAUCUGUGUCCAACAAAGCAACUAAAGGGAAAGGAAAACAGAAGGGUGAAAGUAUCAAGGAGGAGCCAGCAGAGGAAGGAGCUUCACUGCCUACUAAACCCGCAGGUGGGCAAGAAAAAAGCAGGAAGAGCAAGCCAAAAAGCAAAUCAGGAAAAGAAAACGUUGAUUCUAGUAAUGUUCCCAGAGAUACAAAAAUUAAAUCAGGUGUAGUAAUUUUUUGUUUUGUAGGUUAA